AAGAGGUCAUAGACAACAGAUUUUUGAUUUCAAGGAACGGAACUGAAAAAAGGGGUCCCACUUGCCCUUAGUAGAGGGGUUUACAAAUCAGCCCCCACAACUUCCGUUUGAAAUUUACAUCGCUAGCUAUCUAAAAAACAACAACAAGGACAAAUUAACCAUCUGUCAACUUUCAUGAGAUUAAACGAUAUCUAACCAAGGAUUUUACCAAGUGGGAAGCCCUAAGUAGUUCACUAGUCCUCCAAGAAAGUGAGCUGGAAGGAAAGAACGAAGGAGCCAGGUUGCAAGAAAACAGAUGAAGGAAGGGGCAACAAUGUCUGAAGAAGGGGCAACAAUGUCUGAAGAAGGGGCAACAAUGUCUGAAGAAGGGGUAACAAUGUCUGAAGAAGGGGCAACAAUGUCGGAAGAAGGGGCAACAAUGUCGGAAGAAGGGGCAACAAUGUCGGAAGAAGGGGCAACAAUGUCGGAAGAAGGGGCAACAGUGUCGGAAAAAGGACAGAUAAUUGCCUCUGAUACUGGUAGUGAUGAGGAGUUAGGUGAAGCCUUGUCUAAUGGAAACCCCAUACCACCUAAGAGGGGAAAGGGAAGGCCCAAAGGAUCAGGCUCUAAGACACCCAAGAUACUGAGGGUACUAGACAAGCAGCCACGGGGUAGGCCACGUAAAGUGGUUGACCCUAAUGCUGUUUCAGCAGAGCCAACUGCACCUCUGAAGCAUGGCCGGCCCCAAAAAGUUAAACAACAAAAAAAAAGGGGUAGGCCGAGGAAGAACCCACUAUCAACCGAGGAGGAAGAAAAGAGAAAGAAACCGAAAAGCCAACCAAAGGGAUCAAGAGUGUGGAAGCCUCUCGGAAGGCCGCGCAUCCAUCCCUGCAUGGAUCCCCCAGCCACCUCUGCCGAGCCACGGGGAAGAGGCCGUCCACGCAARGCAAUAAUAGGUAAAGGUGCCCACUUACGGAAGAACCCACCUCCAACCUCUAAAGUUUCCGAGCCACCCGUUAAAGAUGGUUCCCCGCGAAAGAGGGGCCGCCCCUUAGGCUCCGUUCAAGCAAACAAAGCCAAGAGAGCAGCAGAGAAGGAUAGUUCCAAUACUGCACCCCCAGCCAAACGGGGGUGCACUGUUUCUCCAAUAGUAAAGCUUUACCGCUGCACCAAUGGUAAAGCAAAUGUGUUAGAUGAAGCUGCCAUCCAAGCCCAGAGGCGAAGAGGCAGGAGAAAGACUGUGAAAGUUGAUUAUACAACUUAUGAUUCAGAGGAGGAGGAAAAUGAAGAUGCAGAGAAAAAUGAGGACGAAGACUUGUCUCCAGUUGAAGAGGAAAUAAAUCCACACAGUGGUCAUCACAAGGCUAACAAACCUGGUAAGGUGGCGGCAGCCCUAAAGAAGGUGGGGGUUGUUUCUAAAAGGCGGGGCAGGAAGCCUGGUUCAACCAAAAAGGUUCUAAAGUAAAAGGAACCUAGGUGGAGCAAACUGAUCAAGACAACAUACCUUGUUGCCGGGAAACACAAAAUAUCAGUAGCAUCUUGUAGGAUGAAUGGACAUGUUUUUAACAUUUUAUUAAUGGGAUAGCUCUUACCUAACUCUUUUUAGUUUUCUCAAUUAACCUAGGUGUCUAUUUGCUCUUGCUAUUAUUUUUGAUGGUUUGUGGAACCCAUGUGAAUUAUUUUUUCCUUCAUAGCUCGAAUGAUGUGAAGACAAUUUCAUUGACAGUUGAUAAUAUAUUGGUCUGUGCAGACUUAUCCCAUUUGGAUACUGUUUCUAAUUCCAUGCUCAUCCUUUAGGUCAUGAUAUUCUCAUUGAGCUUUAACCGAGAUGUUUCUUCAUCUCCAUCCGAAAUGUUACAAUGUGGGAAAGAUCGGGAAUGUAUGAAUCAAUUGUCUAUUUACUCAUAUAGGUAAAUAAGAAGCUAAAAUGGGUUAAAUCAGUGUUUUGUUUCUUGUAAUAAAUAAAUAAUAACAUACUUUUAAUUGUUGUCUUAUCUCUCCUGAGGGUCUGCAAUUUUCAAAAUGCUAAUGUCUUGUAAUUUUAUUUCCCUUAAUUGCCAAAGCUUUGAAUGUAACAACUUCUCCUUCCCAGCCAUCUUUGUUUCGAUACAGAUUUUGUUAGUGUCACUGUCAUGGCACACUCUUCCCUAUAAAGUACACUACUUUGACCAGAGCCUACGGACCCUUGUCAAAAGUAGAGCACUAUAAAGGGAAUAAGGUGCCAUUUGGGACGGCGCCAUUAAACAUAGUUGCACUUUCUUUCACUUGGUUCAUUGCAUACUUCACCUUGUGGAUUCAAGACGGUAACUGUGAACUUCCAAUCCAAUCAUCACUAAGAUUUCUCCCAGAAGAUGUGUAGUUAUUGUCUACUGUGAGGGUUUUUUGUUAGCUAGUAUCAUCCUUGUAAUUCACUAAACAUCACUACUCAUAGUUAUUUUUAAGACUUUGUUAUCUGUUAGCUGUCAACUAUUUUUACUUGUUUUUUAUUACUUUGCUUUCAACUGAAGUGGAUGGCUUGGUUUCACAGACUGGGCGAAGUUGUAUGUAAAUGUUGUUCAAGAUUGCAUGUAUGUUAAACAUGUCUUCUAGCCUGCUAUUAAUUUCUUUAAUGAAUUGUGUGCAUGACAAUAUCAGUUCAUACUGCAUUGUAACUUUGUAAUUUCUGUAAUAUAGAAAUCGUAAUUGAGGUACACAGCAACAUCUAUAAUUUGUAUGAUUUCACGUUCCUGUAACAAGUUUCUUACAGUUUCAUGUUUUCAACUUGGUCUGCUCUUAUCUUAUGUUGCUUCGAUUAAUUCAAUGUUCUUGUCUUGUAAUAAUGUUUUUGACAAUGCAGUUGAACUAUACAGAUAAAAACAUACAUAUUGUAAAACAUACUGCAUCUAUCUCUGUAAUUAGAAAUGGGUCUGUGAAGCCACCUAACAUUAAUUUGAGGGUAAUGUGAAUUUGAGUUUUGUUCAAGAGAAAAUUAUUUGAAAGUUUGCUGUAAUAAAGUGAAAUGUCAAGAUUU